AUGAUCUCGCUAUCCCAGGAACACAUAGACCAUUUGAAUAAAACGUUGGUACAGCUCUCGCCGCAGGAGGUGCUCCAGUGGGCCGCCGUGACCUUCCCCCAUUUAUACCAAACCACCGCUUUUGGACUCACUGGGUUGGUGAUUCUCGACAUGAUUUCCAAGACAAAGCCCGUGGAUCUCAUUUUCAUCGACACCUUGCACCAUUUCCCGCAGACUUACGAGUUGGUGGAAAAAGUGCAGCAAAAGUACAAUCCACAGUUGCACAUCUACAAACCCAAGGAUGUGGGAAACGAGGAAGAGUUCGCCAAGAAGCACGGCGACUCGCUUUGGGAACGCAACGACGAUCUCUACGAUUUUCUUGUCAAGGUGGAACCUUCCCAAAGAGCCUACAAGGAGCUCGGCGUGAAUGCCGUUCUUACAGGACGCAGAAAGUCCCAAGGAGGAGCCCGUGCUGCCUUGCCUGUGGUUGAGGUGGAGCAGCUGAGCGGAAUUAUCAAAAUCAACCCAUUGUGGAACUGGGACUUUGCCCAGGUGAAGGCGUACAUCACGGAAAACAACGUUCCUUACAACGAAUUGCUUGAUUUGGGAUACAAGCUGAUUGGCGACUGGCACCUGACGGUGGCGGUGGCGGAAGGAGAGGACGAGAGGUCGGGCAGAUGGAAGGGCAAGACCAAGACGGAAUGUGGCAUUCAUGAAACGUCCCGUUUUGCUCAGUACUUGGCCAGUUCCAGCUCGCAGGCCUAG